AUGCCUGCAAUCCCUGCGUGGUUAAGAGCACGGUUUCGCCAGAUGUCCCUUUAUCCACCUUCACUGGAGGCGUCCUGGUAUGGUCCUAUAGAUCGACUCGCCAACCUCGUUUUUUCAGAUGAUCACUACAUGGUCAAGCCACAGACUAAGCUUAGAGAGUCUGUAUACGCUGGCGAAGAACCUAAUGAUGAAGAACCCGAUGACGAAGAGCCCGACGACGAAGAAACCGAUGACGACGAAUCCAGUGACGAAGGAUCCGACGAAGAAGUACACAAUGCGGAAUUGUGGCAGGAAGGAUUGUCGACAGACUCCAUGGGAAAGGUAGUCCAGGCAUUGUCUCGAGACACAAAAGUCUACAUUCCCGACUUCGUCGUUGUUCUCUGUGAUGGCAUCCGAGACAUCCCAGUCAUGUGCAUCGAAGUCAAGAAGAAUGAUGAGUCACAGGAAUCUUCAAUAAUCCAGCUGCGCGAAUACAUGUCGAUUAUAGGUGGCAAGGAUCCACACGAGGAUUUCGUGGGUAUGCUGGUACUGGGCGGGCGGUUUUACACAUUCCGCUUUCAAAUCACAAAGGAGGAUGACAGCGAAGGCGAGGCACAGAAGCAGGUCACGGCGAGGAGGAACCCCACCCCAAUGGGCAAGGGGUGGGACACUGCGGAGAAACUGGAGGGUGCGUUUUUGACUGUCGUAAAAAAUGUGGCAAAGAGGGAGAAGCUGGAGGCUGAGGCCUAG